AUGGCAAAUUGGUGGAGAAGUUUUGACACUCGAGGCUGGUCAAACUGUGACUCAUCAGAUGAAUUCAUAACAGGGUUUUAUCGCAAUGACGUCAACGGCAAAGAUGAUAAAAUUUACUUGCUGGAGGAGGCCAACUGUUGCAAGGCUGCUGCACAAAACCACAAUACCAAAUCCACUUGUAUCGAAGCCGAUUGGUGGUAUCAAUUAGAUUCUUUCCAUAUAUGGGCAGUAUGUCCAGAGGGUCAUUUUCUACAAGGACUGUAUCGUACCUGGGGGGACUGGCUAUACAAUAUAGAAGAAGGAAAAUGUUGCAAACCAAAACACCUUCCAAAUAAAUACGGACAAUGCAUCAUCAAAGAUAUCGGUGCAUCUUUCCACAAGAAAGGUCUGACUGGCUGUGAUCAUGGAUAUUACAUGGCUGGGUUUUACAAAGGAGGAUGCGAAGAACUGCACUGUAUAGACAAGGUCAAAUGUUGUCAAAUGUUUGAAAGUCCACCAGAACCUUCACAAGAAUGUUCAAACUACGAAGUGAUUGAUGAUUCUACAAGGUCACGUGGCUACCAGACAAGCAGUUCCAAAUGUGAUGAUACCAUGGAAACCAAAUGGUACCGAUUCCAAGGAGCUUCAGGCGAUGCGAUGCCCUUAUCUUGUGUCCCAAAGAACCGCUGUGGUACUCGCGCCCCUGGGUGGCUUCAUGAAACUCAUCCGACAGUAGCGCACGGAAUUGUGUCGGCCAAGGUGUGUUAUCACUGGGGCGACAACUGUUGUCACUGGUCCAACACAAUAAGGGUGCGCAACUGUGAUGGCUUCUUUGUAUACGAAUUGAACAAAUCACCCGGAUGCAAUUUACGUUACUGUGGAAAUUCGGGUCCAGGCCUCACCCUACCACCAGAGUGUAUCAACUACGAGUACCUGGGAGAUGAUACCAGAGCUCGUGGAUAUGGCAACGUUCAAUCGUUUAAAUGUGACAAUAAACUGAAAACCAAAUGGUACAGACUCCGUGGAUCUUCAGGAAACGAGCUGCCGUCCUCUUGUGUUCCCAUGAACUCCUGCGGAACGCAUGCGCCUGGUUGGCUUCAAGGGCAUCAUCCCACUGUUGCGCAAGGAAUUGCGGCGGUUAAAGCGUGUUUCCACUGGAAAAAGGGUUGUUGUCAAUGGCAAACUGACAUCCGAGUGCGUAACUGUGACGGUUUCUAUGUCUAUGAGUUGAAACCGUCACCAGCAUGUCAUCUGCGCUACUGUGGAAGCUCAGUUAGAAAUCAGUGCAAGAAUAAUCCUUGCAAAAAUGGAGCAACAUGUUUCAAUCUUCAAGAUAGUUAUCGUUGUGAAUGUAAACUGGGAUUUUCUGGGGUUAAUUGCGAAAAGGAUACAGACGAGUGCGCAAAUAAACCUUGCCAGAACGAGGGCAGCUGCGUCAAUCUUCAAGGAGGAUAUCGCUGUGAUUGUAAAUCUGGAUACACCGGAAAGAACUGUGAAGACGACGUGAACGAGUGCACGAACAACCCAUGCAAAAAUGGAGUGGCCUGCAUCAAUCUUCGAGGAAGUUAUCGUUGCGAUUGCAAAUCUGGAUACACUGGAAGGAACUGCGAAACAGAUAUUAACGAAUGUACCAAAAGUCCUUGCAAGAACGGAGCUACUUGUGUUAACCUUCAGGGAAGCUAUCGCUGUGAUUGUGUAACGGGAUAUUCAGGAAAAACCUGCGAAACAGAUAUAAAUGAGUGUGAAGCUAACCCUUGCAAGAAUGGAGGCACGUGUGUUGAUCUUGUUGGAGAUUAUCGUUGUGACUGUGUGCCUGGCUAUACUGGAACAGAUUGCGAGACAGCUCCAAAAUUAACCACUUCAUCUCCACCCAUCACUACUCAACCACCAGUGAUAGGUGCAAACGCAUGUAAAGAAUAA